AUGAAAGUUUACAAUUCUGACAGUUUUCAGUAUGCAAAACUUGCUUUACCACAUGUUAUCCUGGUUGCUGUAACAUGUGUGUAUGCAAUAGCUGGCGCAUGGAUUUUCUAUAGUCUCGAAUCAUCACAUGAAGAUAAGUUGAAGAAAAUUGGUAUACAAAAGAUUGACGAAUUACGCAAAGAGUUCAUUGAAAUGUUAUGGAUGAAACGGAAAGAGUUGAAAAGAACUGAAAUGGAUAGUUGGACUCACGUAGUCGAUGUGAAACUUCAAAUUUUUAAUGAAUAUUUAUAUAAGGCUUUCAAGAAACAUUAUGUAAGCUCGUUUUAUAGAAGAAAAUCGAAACAUCAACCAAAAUUGAUUCGAAGCAAAAAAAUAUGGACGGCAAGUAACGCUAUAAUUUUUGCAACAACAACUAUGGCUACCAUAGGCUACGGUAAUGUUGUACCGAUAACAUCAUAUGGACGAAUUGCUUGUAUUAUAUUUACAUUAUUUGGUGUACCACUGGCUAUUAUAACGAUUGGUGACCUCGGCAAAUUUUUAUCGGAAUGUGUAGUAUGGCUUAAUACUAAGAUGAAAAAAUGUUGUCCUUCGUUGAAAUGUAAUGCAGAAUUGAAAUCAAAGAAGUCGAACAAAACGAUGAAGGAAUUGUCAAAUUGGGAUGAUGAACUGGAUGGAAUAGAAGUGCCUUUAGUUUUUGCUUUUUUUAUACCUCUCUUUUACAUUGCCUUCGGUGGUUAUCUAUUUGCUUCGCUUGAACCAUGGAGUUAUAUGGACGCAUUCUAUUUUUGUUUUGUUUCUAUAACUACAAUUGGAUUUGGUGAUCUUGUGCCUGAAAGUGAAAAAUAUGCACUGCUUAUGUUGAUAUACCUGGGACUUGGCCUUGUUCUGACAACAAUGUGCAGUGAUUUGGUUGGUAUUCAAUACAAGCGGAAGUUUCAUUAUUUUGGUCGGAACUUUCGCGAUACCGAUAUAGCACAAUUACUCAAGCGAAAAGAAAUGAUUGAAGAUGGAUUAACAGUUGAUCAGAAUGAUGAAUUCUUAAAGCUAUUUCUUAAGCAACUUCAAGAAGGGACUGUGUCAAUAGAAGAAUCAAGGUGGCAUUUAUGCAAUAAUGUAUUGGAGACACCUACUACAGCCAAUUAUGAUAUCAGUGAUGAUAGCAAUAGCGGUGGUUUACAGUGUGUAUUUAAUGAGGAAAUAGAAUCGAAUGAAUUUCUUAAUAAAACGAAUCCGAGUGAAAUAGCUGGUCAAAGUCGUAAGGAUGAAUUUCCAGCACCAAAUUCUUCGAUUUUUACAAGGACACAGACGUCACCAUCAUCGCAACCAUCAACUUCAUCGCAACAACAAUUACCGACGAUGAAUUCGUCGUCAAUAUCCGUUGCGUUUGUAUCACCAUCAAGCAGAGUUACCGGAUUAACGUGCAUGAUGGAGCAGGAUUCAUAUGCCGGAAUGCUGAAUGAGACAAAGAAAUUGUUCUCAAAGCCAGAAAACAGAGCCACAGAAAUGUCUCUUAAUGAUUCAACGAUGGGUACAUAUGAAAAUGAGGACUAUCCAAUUGAACAUGAACAAGUUGUUAGCGAUAAAUAUGGAUCUUUUUCAAAAUUAUCGCAACCAUCGUCGUCAAUAUUAUCAUCUACCGGUCGUAGUACGCAAACUAUACGACCCUCUAAGCUUGAUCUAGACACUUGUGAAUUAGUGGAAUCGACUAAUACCAUAUCGAAAAUAUUACCUGAAGAGGAUGUUCAACAACCAAUUAUCUACUAUCAAAAUAUUCCAAUCCAUAGUCUACAUCAAAAGACGGUAGAAAUGGAAAAUGUUUUACAAAAUCUGUUUAAUGCUCCGGAAUCUAUUAUCAGUCAUAAACUUCCACCAUCAGUAGUUGAUAAUAACUAUUGCUUUGUGAUCGAUGGCGAAACGAUCGGAUCAGAUACAAUAUUGCACGAUGAUAUUCAUUGGAGCCACACGAGUCGUCGCACGCAGUACUUUUAUUCUAACGAUUUACGCAGCUUUCAUCGGGUCAAUUGCAUUAAAGCUAAAGGGAAAAUUAUCGCUGUGAAAGUUAUUGGUUCCCAAAGACAAAUAUUCAGCACAUUACAUUCAAUUCGAACCACUCCGAUACAUCAAUCCCAGUCAAUCAAUUCUAUACCACCUCGUUCGGUAUCUUCUAUUAGUGGUUUUCAUCGUGAUACGAUACCACUAACACAGGUGUACGUCGUAACACAAAUUUACAGUUUCUGGAAAACAUGUCCGUCGUUUCGUCGUAUUGUCACGUUGCUCGAUCGAGUGAAUGAAAAUGAUGCGGAAAAUAAUGAUUUUCAAAAACGGAUAUUUGUGCAACAUAUUUGGCAUAAUGCGAAACAAAGAGAUAAAGAGCGCGUGAAACACGAAUUUAAUCGAGAUCCUGCAAGACUUCUUAGACCUGAAACCAACAAAACAUCCAUGAAACUUGCUUCGAAUAAUAUUUUUUCAGAAAGGCGAAAAAUGCUUUAA